CAUGCAGCUCCCAAAACAUCUUCCAGCUAAAGUCAGGCUACCACCUAGCCCAGCUCUCACUGAUGUCAGCAGGACUCUCCAGCGCCAACCAGCACACGAGCCCUUAUGGUGCACAGCCUCCCUCCAGAUAUCAGCUGUGGGACAUUUGUGGCACCCUUGUGCUUCGACAUUGUCAAGUAAAAACCAUCACAACACAAAGACAGCAAGUUAUAUCGAGGAUGGCAGCUAUAUUACCGCACUUGUUCUGUACAGGGGCUGUGUGGUGCUGUCAGCCUGGCACUUUCUGCUAGCACCAAACAAAACUUCACAGCCUUUAGCUUUCAAACACUUUGAAUCAGCUGUUAAGCAGUGAAAUCUUUUUAUUUGUAAUUAGAACACUCUGGAGCUGUAAAGUGAGCAUGUCAUUAUUGGAGGCUUUACCCACCAUGAUGAGUGCAGAAAUUCCUUCCUUAGAUGAAGCCAUUUUUUCUCACUCAAGGAUGCUACCGGUAGAUGACAGACUUCUAGACUUACAGAUCUACAAACUUCUCCAAUGCGUCCACCAGAAAGACAAGAAGCAAAUAGAAAAGCUGGUCCAGCACGGCUUCCCCAACCUCAUUAAUUUCACAGAGCCUACAGAUGGGUACAGCGCCCUCUCUUUGGCCUGCGCUAAGAAUGACACCGACAUGUGCAGCUUCUUGCUGCAGCAGGGAGCUCAUCCCGAUGUCCAGGACAAAAUGGGACGUACUCCAGCAAUGAGGGCAGCUGAGUUAGGCCAUGAUUUGGUUCUGGACUUACUAGUAAAAGCUAAAGCAGACAUGACUGUUGUUGAUAACGAAGGGAAAGGUGUUUUGUUUUAUUGCAUUUUACCUACAAGACGGCAUUAUCACUGCACUCAAAUUGCCCUGGAUUAUGGUGCAGAUCUUAACAACUGUACUACUGAUGGGAAGCCUAUAUUUCUACAAGCCUGUGAGCAAGCUCAUGAUAUUAAAGAAAUAUGUCUGAAUUUCUUGGAAAGAGGAGCAAAUCCCAACUCAAGAGACCCAGCCACAGGUCGCACAGCCUUAAUGGAAGCAGCACGAGAAGGUGUUCUUGAGCUGGUGCGUGGUAUACUUGAGAGAGGAGUCGAUGUUAACCUCUUUGACAAUGAAAGACACAGUGCUGCGCAUUUUGCAGCCAAAGGAGGCUUUUUUGAGAUCCUGAGGAUUAUUUCAGCUUAUAAUGGAGACUUAGGCCUGAUCGCUAUGAACGGAAAUACACCACUUCAUUACGCUGCAGAGGCAGGAUCUGCAAAUUGCUGCAAGUUUAUAGGACAAAGAGGCUGUGAUCCUACGUGGACAAACUUGUUGGCAAAGACUCCAAGAGCUGUUGCCAAGGAAGGCGGUUUUAAAGCAGCAGUAACCGAAUUGCGUAAAAUUGAAAAUAACUUCAAAAAACAGUCCAAGCCUGGAGCUAAGGAGAACAACCCCCAGUGGGCACUGAGGCUAUACGACUGGUCCUUAGAGCACCAGGCUGCCCUCCGGAAGGCAUUUGAGGCCGUCGACCAAGGAGAUGGAACGGUAGCUAAGGAUGAUUUCAUAUCAGUUAUUCAGAAGCGGUGUGCCUUUGUAGACACUGAGCAAAUACGAACUAUUGCUGAAGCACACAAAAGAGCUGACCCUGAAGGAAUCAACACUGAAGAAUUUUUUAAAGGCUCUAAAUACUUGCCUAGAAAUUGUCUUAUAACAUCUUAUGGACCCAAAGGGAAGAAAGGAAAGAAAGGGAAGAAACGAAGAGGCAAAAGAGGCAUUGCCGUCCCCAUGCCAAUUUGCAUUAUUCCAAAGAGUGCGUGUCCACUUAGGGAGGAUGGCUUCCCUGUAUACAUGAUUGAGGCUGUUCAGAACAUGGCUGAUAGCUACCGUUUUAACCGAGACCACCCAUCUGCUCACCCCGUGCACGACGACCGUGCCUGGUAUAUAGAUGAACCAAGGAAAAUGUACAUGAACAUUAACUUCCUUGUCAGGGCAGGAGACGUUCUGUCUAUAGAGAAAGCAUUUGAGGAGGGUGUGCCAGUUGACAUAAAAGAUAAGUAUUACAAAACACCUUUGAUGGCUGCAUGUGCAAGUGGGAAUAUAGACUUCGUGCAGUAUCUUCUGGAAAAGGGGGCUGAUGUGAAUGCAACAGACAAUUUCAUGUGGACUCCCCUCCACCACGCUUGCUACAACGGGCACCUAGAGAUUGCUGAGCUGAUAGUGAAGGCUGGAGGAGCAGUGGAUGCACCUGCAAUAGGCAGUGCAACCCCACUAAUGAGAGCCAUUGAGAUCUGUAGACUGGACAUGGUACAUUUUUUAAUCAAUGCGGGUGCUGACAUCCAAACAACUAACAGCAAUGGAAAGAACGCUCUUGAUAUUGCUAAGGUAUUUGCAGAUUCUAGAAUAAUCGAUCUGCUUCAGAAUAAACUGGACAAUUUGCUAAAGGUAUCAGAAAGAAAAGCAGAGAAAGAAAAAGUUGCAAAGCCAAGGUCGCCUUCUAUACUGACAUCUGCAGAGAUGCAAGCUGUGAAAAAAGAGCUUUCACAGGUAUCUCUGGCAGUUGUAGAAAAACCCAAUCUUGAAGAGGCAGCACAUUCCCUUAAGGACAGUGUUAUUUAUCUGAACUCUCUGAUAACCAGUGGUGCUACUAAGAAAGAAGACAUCGCAUUUGAACCCAGAAAAAUUUGGACCCCAGAAGCCACAACAAAGGAGCUGGUAAGAAAGCAAGAAUUGCUCCGGGAGUGCUCUACUCUUGAUGGCAACUCAGAAGUCUUCUUGUCCCCCUUUAAGAGGAGAGUUAUGGAAUAAGUAUAUCAGGUACUAGAAGCUACUUCAACACGUAUUUUGAGGGGACAAAGAUCAAAGAAGGCUACACCUUUGUAAGAAAGGAAUCAUGUAGUGCUUAGUAAAUGCAUCUCAGUUAUCAUAAAACGUGUAGCAAGUUUUUCCUCUGUAAAUCAUAUUGCUUACACAGGCUUUUGUUAAGAGCUUAGUACUGAAAAAGCUUUAUCCUCAUUAUUCUAAGCAUUGGAGCUCAGUGUGGAACAGCAACUUGUGACACACAUUCUUUUAAGGGGAUGGCUUUACGAGGCUAUGUUUCACCCCAAGAUAAAACUUUUUCCUAGACAGUUAUAAGGGUUACCCUUCCCACUGAAAGGGCAUUAAAAUAGAAGGAUAGGAAUACGGUAUUCCAGAUUUCAGACACAGUUCUGGGUUCUCUGCAAAGUCAAGUGAAAGUACAGGAGUUAAUAGCCCAGACUACUACUACUGUUGAGUAUGCUGCCUUAGUGUUCUAUCUCACACACAUACCUCUUCCCUCACUCGCUCACUGAGGACGCGUUACCCAACUGCACUGUUGCAAAACUGUUAUCAGGAUAAUUGGAUACUUUCAAACUGGCCUACACCUUGAAAAACAUGCAGAAAGGUUGUGAAGGCAGGUUCUUUUAUUAAGAGCUACAUAGAAAACCAAUCCAAAUGAAUCUUUGCCCUCUCAAAUGAUGUAAGUCAUUUGAGAUGUUGUCCUGCCAUGGAGUUACAUGGGUGGGGAGAAGUUAGUAUCUUAAAAAAUGAUCUGACCAGGCUGCUGUAAUUUAGUGUAGAGGUUCUGAAAUUCUGUUGUAGGAAGCAUAUAGCGUCAAGAUUUGUGUUAUGACCAGGACGAAAUAGCACAGGUUCUGCUGAAGGAUGCAGCAUCUCUUGAAUUCUGUUCAGUGUGGCUGCAAAAUAGUUGAGAGCACAGAAGUGAGCUUGAUUUGGAGCUUCAGAAAGGUAAUAACAGAUGAGCUUUGGGUGGGCAGAGGCUGAAAAUACUGGAAAUGUUUAGCUAAGAAGUGGGAGGGAACGCUAUGAAAGAUGUCUAAAGCAAAGAAUGUGGAGAACUGAACUGAAACCUAUUCUUUUGUAGGGU